AUGAGCGAUUCCGAUGAAACAGACGUGUUGCUGCUUAUACCGCCCGAUUUUUUCAACUGCGAAUCACCAGCUAUACUCACGCCUCGAACGACAGCCAACUGUUCUUUCGACGGUGUGGAUUACCUGUCUUACGCAUCAUUUGCCAACUGUAGUAACGUGAAAUCGAUGGCAGGGAUAGGAAAUUAUUCGAUGGUCGGUUGUACGGCAGCCGAACGAACCGAGCAAUAUGUCGCUUCCACUCCAUUUAAGCACCACACGCAUAAGGAGCCGGUGAAGGAGCAGUACUUACUGCACGAGAUAGAUCAGUUCCUGCAGGAAGAUGAUCCUCAAAAGCAGCAACAUCGCCAACAAACUCGCACAAAUCAACACAACGUUCCCGCACCGACCAGUCCGGAAGGUUCGCUGAUCGAUGUCAACAGUCUUUCGGUGCACGAUUACCCAUCGCUAACGAGGAACGAUUUUAAUGGACUAACAAAAACGGUUCCAUCCUGUGGUCCCGUGCCGCAAAAGCCACCCCGCAACGUACACGGUGGUAUGAUAAUGAAACCAACCGGCAAAAACAGCCAACUGCUCAAUCUGAGCGAUAUCUGGCAAACGAACGGUACCGGGCAGCCAGAAUAUUCCAAGGUUCUACAAGAGGAACGCCUCCGAAGGCAGCAUUGCGAGCGCAACAUUCAAUCACUCCACGUGAAGCUGCUCGAGUACGAAGAGAAAAUUUCGGUAGCUCUUUCGGUGGACAAAGAGAAGGUAUCCAUCAUUGCCAACUUGGAACAGGAAACUGGCCGCUUGACUAGCAAGCUUCGAGAGAUGGAGCUAAAUCACAUUGAAACGCACGAAAAGCUGAUGGCAGAGAAUUUGGAGAUAAAAAACAAGAAUCUCUUUCUAGAGAAGGAACUGGCCGAAUCGCUAAACCUUGUGCAAAAGUUGGAAGACAAAAAGGAUAACCUGGAAGCGAAGAUAGAGCAUCUUGCGACCGCAAAUCGGGACGUGAACGAUGUACACCGCCAGCAAAUGGAAGAUCUGCAAAUAAGGCUAGCAAACAGCCGUGACAACGAACGUCAGUUAAGGGAGCAGCUAGGCAAACAACGGAAGACGAACGAACAGCUAAGCGGAGAAUUACAAACAGAGAAGCAGAAGCUUGCCGACGGCGUAAGGAUAAGGGCCGAUUUUUGUGCACUAAAAACGAAAACGGACACGCUGGGUAAACGGUUUGCGGAAGUCACACGCGAGAACGAAAGUUUGCAGGAUCAAACAAAACGCAUGAAGGAACAGAUUACAAUCCACCAAGAGGAAUCGAAAAAACUACUUAAAGAACUAGAAAUUCAGCGACUUUCGCUCAAAAAGUACUAUCAAUCACAACUCGAAGAUGUCGUGUCGGAUAAGCUGAAGGAAUUCCAGAAGCAACUUGCCACCGUCGAAGAAGAGCUAAGGGAGGAAUCGAAGAAAAGGGAACGCAACCUAACCGAGCGGGCAAAGCGUCAGAUCGAGUUGAUCGAUCAGAAACGGGAGCAAGAAAUACAGCUUCUCACCGAGCGGUAUAACGAGCAGGAAUCGCUGUACCGUCUACAGUUGACCAAUUCGGCCAAGCGUAUACACGAACUGGAAGAUAAGCUACGCACCAUCCAAAGCCGACGGGCGGACAUUGCCGAACAGCUGCACUCGAUCAUGGAAAACCAAUGGAAGCAAGCGCUCGACGUGCUGAUGAGUCCCGGACAGCAAACAGGCUCGAACAAUGCUUCCAAUCAAUCGGAGCUCGAUGGCAAGGCGGCUAAAUUUAACCGCCUCGCUCUCGAUCACGUCGACAAGGAUCGGCUCGAUGGGGUACGUAUGCUGAAAAACAGCUCCAUUCUAACCGAUGAAAAUGACUCCUUCCGAACGCCGGGCAGACAAGCGGGGACUGAAAAUGGAGGAAAAUCGUCAGAUCCCAACGCGCCCAGUUUCCCGAAAGAGUUGCUCCACAAUUACAUAGAGCUCUUGCUACAGAAGUCACCAAACGAUCUCAAACGGCUGGAAGAGGUACUGUCGAGUUGCCGUAAGCAAUCGGAAAAAGAGUCUACGGUGCGGUACACUGCCAAUGAUACGAAUCCUUGCACAAUGGCGGGUAAGUCAAGCUCUGCCACUGCACUAAACCAGCUAGGAUUGGUGGGAAAAUCUUCCAACAAAACACCCCGGCCGUGGAAAUGA